AUGAAGACUUCAUUCUUCCUCGCGCUUGCGUACAUCGCCGCGAGUGUCUGGGCCGGAGGAUAUCAGGGAUGUCUUGAGCGCGUGUUGUUCUUUCACGCCUACCAAAUCGACGGGCUCAACGACCCCGAGGACCAAACCCUGGGCUUCAAAUGUAAGAAAUGGGACGACAAAAUCGGAAGUUGUGUGAACAAUGAGUGGGUAGCGUGCAGAGGCAGAGGCGGCGGCAGAUGCAACUUCAAUGAACUCAUGGCCACCCUGGGGAAAACACGUCCCACUGACAAACUGGUCGCUCCCGAAGCAGAUCAGGACACGACAAGGCCUAAUAUCCAAGAGACAGCUAAGAGGCUCUACACGAAGUACACGACCCCUCCCAACAAGAAAGUGACCAACUUCCCGCCCUACAAGGCCAUGAAGGGCGCAAGCAGCAAUUUCAACGCCUACACUUUGAAACUCGGCAAUUUGGUCAAAGAUGCAUGGCUCCACAAGACCGACGCAAACAAGCACCUGUGGGAGGAGUUCGAUGCCACUCUGGAGAAAAUCAACAUCGCGCGGGCGGGCGACCAUGGUCCAUUUCUCAUCGAAGCGGCCGUAGCCAAGUUGGGGACGCCCAACGAGAUGGAUAUCAAGUUGAUGAAUUUGGGGGACAACCCCAUUUCGAAUCCCACGACGCAAUGGGAGACCGUUGACUGGAAGGCCACUGCUGAUGCGGCCAAGGCCAAAGGCAUCCCGAAUGUUGACAAACUCAUCAGAGACUUUCGGACUCAGUGGUAUACAACCGAUGGAUCAGCGCGUGACCACUAUGCGGUCUUUAAGACGUAUAAACGGGUCGGAGACCUGAUGCAGUCGUGCCGAAGGUAG